UCGAACACUUCGACUCCGUAUGUCAUGGCGAUGUCCUCCAAAAACUUUCAGUGAAGGCUUUUCCUUGUGAAAAAAUCGUGUUUUAGGACAUUUUAGAGCCGAAUUUUUGUGUUUUUCCAUCAAAAAGACACCCUUUGAGUUUUCCGUGACGAAGUGAAAUAAAAAAUAUCAAGCCCCGGAUCCUUUGGGAAGAUUUAUUUCUUGAGGGAUCACUCAUCCGGAAAUCAUGUUUCGCGGCAAAAAGAAACACCCACAUCCAUCGAGAUCCCAUGAAACUGAUGCCAGCUACAAGGUAUUUGAUGCUUUUUUUGCGCAUAAUCCACCAGUCAAGCGGUCAAAAGAGUCUCAGGGAUCACUAAAGAGGCAAGUGAUUAAAGUUUCGAUGCAAAACAAGCGUUUCCAUGAUGAUAAUCCAGAGAGAUUUGACUCCAGAUCACCAACUGGUCCGGAUUUGCGAGAAUAUUUGGAUACGCGGAAGCCCAAGCGCUGGAAAUCCCGGAAGAGAGCACAGGACUGGCAGAGAAAGGGCGGACAGGGAUCGGGGUAUAAGAAUGCGUCGGAGGAUGAGGAGAGUCAUUUGCAGCAGAAACUGGUUGCACUCACGCAGAAGCACAUUGAGUACGAGGUCAAGCCGGAAUCCCAUCCAAAGUACCAGGAGGAGUGGCGUGCUUUCUGGAAUCGCAGAUGUGAGGAGUUGCGUCGAUUUGGAGUGAAUACCGAAGAGUAUGAUUUUAAGCCUGAAUGGCUGGAAUUCUGGAAGCGUCGAUUGAAGGAAUUCUACGAGGAGGAAUCAGCACCGGUCAUCCAGGCGAUACGGGAGGUCAAGGAGCAUGAAGAGGAGGAUGAUAAGAAUGUACGGGAUGACAGUAGUUGGACACACAGCAGUGAGAAUGAGGAACCAGAUACACGUCCUCCAAUCCGAAAAUCACCAACUCCUGUCAAUAUCCCACGAGCUGUUCGAUCAACUUCACCAGUUCUGCCCAAAAGCAUUGGUAUUCCGGUUGAGAUCAAUGACGAUAACUUCACAAUCUCAUCAGCUCUUCAGACAAUUACCAAUCUUGAGGAUGGUCUAAGUCGAAUUGGUCCCAAAGUUAUUGAUUUGGUUGGCAAGAGCCUGGCCCUAAUUGAUGGAAUGGACUUUGACAGCUUCGAUCGGGCCAAGGAUAUGCCCAGUGUCAAGGAUAAACUCAAUGGGCAGAUUCUGCACAAUAAGAUUCAGUCAGUCUUCAAGACAUUCGACAACAUUACCUCGAUUCUGCGACGAAUGACCGAGUCUCCCAGUCAGAGCAACAAAUCCACGCAGGACAGGAGCUUCUCCGAUGAUCCAUUGGGUACUCUCAACAGCGACGUCAAGCAGUGGAUGUCCAUUUUCUCGGAUGUCAUUGAGAAUCUGGAGGAUAAGCGUUCGGGGGAUGAGAGGAACUUCCAUUCGCCACAGAGCUCCAAUGCUGAACAUCUGACUGAUGCCGAAGUCGAGGCUCUGCUCCAGAACUUUGAUACGUUGUCGGAGAAGGAGAAGAAUCACCUCAUUCUGUUCCUCAAGAACCUCGAGAAGACAGACGAGGACAGAGUCAAGCGUCUCAGGUACUUCUUCAAUGGCCAAGUAAAUCGUGCACUCGGGACCGUUCCUGAUUCUACAAACGACCACCGUUGGAGGGAACGAUCGGGUGAUGGAUCACGCGACAGAUCACGCGAUAGAUCUCGCGAUAGAUCUCGCGAUAGAUCUCGCGAUAAUAGAUCUUUCAAUAGAUCUUUAGACAGAUCCCGGGAAAUAUCCCAUGAUAGAUCCCGGGAAAGAUCGCACGAUAAUAGAUCCCGUAAUAGAUCUCGGGAAAUGUCACGUGAUAGAUCUCGGGAUAGGUCUGUAGAAAGAUCUCUCGAUAGAUCACUGGAUAGAUCCCGAGACAGAUCCCAUGACAGAUCUCGAGAUAGAUCUUGGUCGAGGCCACGAAAGCGACCACGAACACCAUCACCCAUUCCUGACAUCUUUGACAAUUUGCACAUUUUGUACCAGGAGCAGUUCAAGGAUCCAUUCUAUUCGGAUGUUAUUGAGUCCCUGAAGCAACCACAUUGGCGAGCUCCGCGUGAAGUGGAACAGUUCAUAAAGCAAUGGAAGGGACUCAAGAUCCAUCCGGAAUCGGGAGUGCUGCAGGUGAAUUUAAGUGGUCAGGAUGUGUAUGUAAUUCCGGACACGAUAAAAAUGGAGGUCAUUGAGGAUUUUCAUCGGAGACUUGUGCGAUCUGGCAAGAUACAGUGUCGCACGAGGAAUGAUACAAUUGGAUAUGUGAAGAAGUACUGCUUUAUACCCAACCUUUCGAAGAUGGUUCAUGCUGUUAUCGACAAGUGCAAGUAUUGCGCACCUACUUGGAGGAAGUGAGUAGCAUUUCAUUGUCGUCAUUUUAAACAUGUGUUUUGGAGGAAGGAAGAGAAUGAAUUAUUGUAAAAAUCACAUAAUUCAAUACACAAAACUAUGGAAGAUAAAAAUAUGCAAAUGUCUGGAGAA